AUGGAAGCCACCUGCAGUGGAUCAAAGGGCUCCUCACCUGUCUUCUACUUGGUGGGCAUCCCCUCUCUGCCUGAAUCCCUCUUCCUCCUUGUCUUUGUCAUUUUCCUCUUAAUCUACCUGCUCAUCCUGGUGGGAAAUGCCCUGAUCCUGGUGGCCGUGGUGAUAGAGCCUAGCCUUCACAAGUCCAUGUACUUCUUCAUGAUCAACCUCUCAGCCCUGGACAUCCUCUCCACUACAACCACUGUCCCCAAGAUACUGUCCCUAUUCCUGUUUGGGGACCACUACCUCAGUUUCUCUGCCUGCUUCCUGCAGAUGUACCUUUUCCAUGGCCUUAACUGCUCUGAAGCCUUCAUCCUGAUGGUCAUGGCCUAUGACCGCUAUGUGGCUAUCUGCCACCCACUGCACUACCCUGUGCUCAUGACCCCACAGACCAAUGCUGCCCUGGCAGCCAGUGCCUGGCUCACUGCCCUCCUUCUGCCCAUCCCAGCAGUGGUGCAGACCUCGCACAUGACUUUUGAAAACAUCGCUCACAUUUACCACUGCUUCUGUGACCACUUAGCUGUGGUCCAGGCCUCCUGCUCUGACACCACACCCCAGACCUUCAUGGGCUUCUGCAUCGCCAUGGUGGUGUCCUUCCUGCCCCUUCUCCUGGUGCUUCUCUCCUAUGCCCACAUCCUGGCCUCAGUGCUUCGCAUCAGCUCCCGAGAAGGACGCUCCAAAGCCUUCUCCACCUGCAGCUCCCACCUCCUGGUGGUUGGCACUUACUACUCAUCCAUUGCCAUAGCCUACGUGGCCUACAGGGCUGACCUGCCCCUCGACUUCCACAUCGUGGGCAACGUGGUAUUUGCCAUUCUCACACCUGUCCUCAACCCUCUCAUCUACACGCUGAGGAACAAGGAUGUCAAAGCAGCCAUCACCAAAAUAGCAUCCAUUACCAAAAUCACACAUCUUAAGACACAGGCUGGAAUAGGAGCCCUUGACCUUUAG